UAAAGCACUAGCUUCCUCUCAGGGAAAUAAUAUAAUCAAGUCAUGAUUUUUUUUAAAUCAAAUUAACAACUGACUGGAUCUCUUCUUAAUCUUCACAUCUGUGCCAAUGGAUCACUAACAGAACCCAUCCAUCCUUAGAAGCAAUAAGCUGGAAGGAUUUGUUUGAAAAUGAGAUAGUGUGUGUGGGAUCACCAACUAAAUUCCAAACUUAACUGGGCAAGGAAUCAAUUACAUCUGUGGACCAAUUGUGUCAUCUCCUUGUAUGAAUAAUCUUACCUUAUUUUGAGCCUAAGCCAUGAGUUGGAUGUUCCUCAGAGACCUCCUAACUGGAGUAAAUAAAUACUCAACUGGAAUUGGGCGGAUUUGGCUGGCUGUUGUGUUCAUCUUCCGUUUGCUGGUCUACACGGUGGCAGCAGAGCAUGUGUGGAAAGAUGAGCAGAAAGAGUUUGAGUGCAACAUUAAACAGCCUGGUUGCGAAAAUGUGUGUUUUGAUCACUUCUUCCCCAUUUCCCAGGUCAGACUUUGGGCCUUACAGCUGAUCAUGGUCUCUAUGCCUUCACUUCUUGUGGUUCUACAUGUAGCCUGUUGUGACAGUAGAGAGAAAAGGCAUAGAAAGAAACUCUAUGUCAGCCUAGGUGUGAUGGAUGGGGGUCUGUGGUACACUUACCUGAUCAGUCUCAUUGUUAAAACUGGUUUUGAAAUUGGCUUCCUGGUUUUAUUUUACAAGCUGUAUGAUGGCUUUAGUGUUCCGUACCUUAUGAAGUGUGAUUUGAAGCCUUGUCCCAACACUGUGGACUGCUUCAUAUCCAAACCCACCGAGAAAACGAUCUUCAUCUUCUUCUUGGUUAUUACCUCAUGCCUGUGCAUUGUGUUGAAUUUCAUUGAACUGAGCUUUUUGGUUCUCAAGUGCCUUAUUAAGUGCUAUCUCCAAAAACACUCUAAGACAUUCAAGUCUUCAGAGUGUGAGUGCCACAACCUCAGAUACGUUGAAUAUGGUGGGAUAGGGGCUCCUCCCCUGCUCCAGAAUUGCCACUCAGACUCAGCCAUAAGCACACUGCAUACCCCUGAACCCCCUCCCUCCCGAGGUAAAACAAAACUGCUUUGUGAUACACAAGAGGGUUGGCAAGGAGAAUCUGCAUCCUUCCUAAGCAAGACCUAAGCUGUGUUGGAAAGCAAAGGAUGUCAGGCUUAAUGUCAUUUGGGAAAAAUUUUUAAAAAAUUUUCAGUAUGUGCUCAGUUGUACACACUAGACAGUGAUCUCAUUGUCAUAGGGUUCAAGUGGAUAUGUGAGUUGUGUUUGAAUAGUUAAUUGCAAACUAAUCUGAAAAAAAUCCAGUGAACGGCAUUCUCUUAAACGCUUAGAUCUGUCACCUGGAAAAUAUAGAAAGUGACAUUUCUGACAAACGUGAUGGCUUCCAAGCUGAGGUUGAGGCAUUGGCAAUCUUUCCAAAGUGGCAGCCAAGGCUCCCCUCACUCAGCUCUACACAAUCUUUGCAGAGAAAGAGCAUGGUGAGGGCAUAGUAGCAGGUAGCCAAGGCAAACAGAAGCACACUCAGUGAGAAGGCCUGGCCCGGGGAAAUGACCACAAAGCCCAGGCCUCUGCAGUUUAGGUCUCCCUGGAUAUAAAUGGACUAGGGGAGAGGGAAGAAAGCCAUAAUUUGUGGUUUCCAAGUUAAUACAAAUAUUACUGGGGACAUGUCCCACUUAAGCCUGAACCUAGCAGAUACCUGAAAGGGUCACUCCAGUCAUACCAGAAGGCAGGUCCCACCAACUACAAAGACAGGGAGCAGGUAGGACCCAGAAAAGGAACAUACCCACUUGAUAAUUACUUAACCCUUCUCUUUUAACCACUGAACAUUGAAUACUUUGUAAGUUUCUGUAUUUAUUGGACCUUUUUACGAUCAGGAAUUCACAGUGUGUUAUACAAUAUGUCAUAGUUUGCCUACAAUUUACUAGUACAUCUCUCUCUAGAAUGGAUAAUAAAAUGUGUACUAUGCUGUUACAUUGGUUUGAAAAAUGUAAAAAAAAAAUAAGGAUGCUUAUUAUUACUUUAUUUGGAGCCUAGCUCUUUCUUAUUUAAAAAAAAAUCAUAUAUUAUCUUUGUAUUUAACACUCUAACAGACGUGCAUUUCUCCAGAAUAAAAAUGCAGUGGUUUUGUUGUGUUA